AUGUGGAAAACCGGUGUCCAGACUGAUUCAGUCGACACCAAUGGCUAUGGGCACUCUAGUGUCAACAAUCCGCUGCUCAGAUGUGUGAUGAUGCUCGUUCGGGUUUCGAGUAAGAAGCGGGUGGAUCCUGCGCGCAGGGAUUCUUCGGGUCAUACGCCGAUGGAUCUUGCUGAGCGGGAUGCCGUUCGGGAUGACAUGGCACUGCUUUUAGAGAGUUGGGUAGCUCAGAUUGAGUGA